AUGGUGGAGGACCAGUCUGCGAGUAUCAUCGCGGCGUCAUGGACGCUUGGGGCUGUGUCGACUAUUGUCGUUGGGCUUCGACUGUAUACCAGGCUUGUGCUCACCAGGUUGCCUGGGUGGGAUGACUUUUUCAUCGGGCUGUCUCUGGCGAGUGCAUUAGUCUGUUCCUCCCUCGCACAGGUGGCUGUCUCAUAUGGCCUCGGAAAGCAUACGAGUGAUAUAGCCAGCCCGGACGACAAAGUCAACGCAGCAAAAUACACUGUGAUCGCGCCCAACUUCUCUGUCGUCAGUACGACGACAGGAAAAAUAUCAGUCGCCAUCUUCCUCAUCCGUCUCAUGGGCCAGUCGGCCAGGUCGUGGCAGCGGUGGUUCCUAUACAUUCUCACACUGGUGUCUAUUGCCUGGAACGUAUUCGCCAUCGUCGCUAUCAUAGGCUUCUGUCGACCUGCGAAGAAGAUAUGGCUUCCUGGCACCGAGGGGUCGUGCUUCUCGCUCGAACUACAGCUUAUUGGGGGCACUUCACAGGCAGCAUUCAACGCCUUUGCAGACCUGACUCUCGCGGUCUUCCCUGUUGUGAUAUUCUACCGUAUUCAGCUGCCGACAUUCAAGAAGGUCGGGAUUGUUGCUAUUCUGGGGGCAGGUGUAUUGUAUACGUCAUUCCAUAUACACCAGCUUAUAUUCCUUCAGAUGUACGUGAUCAUCAUCUGCGCGACCCUCCCAACCCUCCCUCAGUGCUACACGGCCAUAGCCCACAAACGCCAAACAUACUACAACUCUUCGACCUAUCCAUCCAGCAAGCCCCCAAGUAAAAAGGGCCCCAUCCGUCUACAACGCAUGCCAGACGCCUCGCUAUUCGAAACAGGGGCUCCAGACCGUGACGGAAGCCAGGAGAACAUUCUACGCCCUGGCCCAAUGGACAUUACGAAGACGACCGAGGUUCAGGUUAUCCAGGAGAAUCGGGAGUCGGGAGAUGCGAGCAGAGACGCCAGAGAAAGUCCAGCCUAUUUCCCACGGGAGAGUCCAAGUCCGUUUCAGAGCUCGCGCUAGCUGUCAAUCCCUGUUCGCGAGCAACGGCAAUGUGGGCAGGACAUGGCCCGGUUGGUUCAAAAGAU